UUGCUGCUGGUACUGCUUUACUAACAAGGCGGAGAGCAAAGAAUAAUAAGAAGCAAGGCGCGCAACACGAGAGCCACCGUAGUAGUCAUCUUUCUCGCUCUUUGCUAGUUAUCUAGCUAGCUCUCCUUCGUUCCUUUGGGCAUCAUGUACCUGAACCCAAGAAUCGUAGGGUGUGGGGAGACGACGCUGGUUCUCUCCCAUGGCUAUGGAGGGAGCCAGGCUAUCUGGGACAAGGUGCUGCCACACCUCUCACGGAGGAACAAGGUACUACUCUUUGACUGGGACUUCUCGAGUACCGCCGCCGCCGCUGCCGCCGCCGCCGAGGAAGAGGACGGGGAGCACAGCUGCUACACGUUCUCCAGGUUCGCCGACGAGCUGGUGGAGCUCAUGGACAAGAUGGAGCUGCGCGGCGCCGUGUACGUGGGGCACUCCAUGGCCGGCAUGGUCGGCUGCAUUGCGUCCAUCAAGCGCCCCGACCUCUUCACCCAUCUCGUCCUCGUCGGCGCAUCCCCGAGGUACAUGAACUCAGAGGACUACGAGGGCGGGUUCGACGAGCCUGACAUCGAGGCGAUGCUGUCCAGGAUCUCGUCGGACUUCCGCGGCUGGGCCGAGGAUUUCGUGCCGCUCGCCAUCGGCGGCGGCGGCGGCGGCGAGGACGACUAUCCCUCGGCGGCGGAGGUGCUGGCGCGGAGCUUCUUCGCCAUGGACCCGCGCGUGGCGCACGGCCUGGCGCGCAUGAUCUUCCUGGGCGACCAGCGCGAGCUGCUGGGCGACGUCGCCGCGCCGUGCACGCUGGUGCACGUCUCCGGCGACUUCGCCGCGCCGCCCUGCGUCGGGCGCUACAUGCAGGCCCGCAUGCGCGCCGCCGCCAUGCACACCAUCGACUCGGUGGGGCACUUCCCGCAGCUCAUCACGCCCGACGGGCUGCUCGGGAUACUCGACCUCGUGCUCGGCUCCGCUGCCGCUUCCGAGGAGGAGGAGGAGGAGGCUGCGGCAGCCGCCAUGGCUGAGACGAGUAGCGAGGUCGACGUGGCGACGUAGUGCUGGUGCGCUGCUCUUGUGCAACAACAUCCCGCUCGAUCGAUCAUCAGCCUUGGCUGUCUCUUGUGCUCUGUGGUCUCAUUAUAGAUUUGGUUCGGUCCACAAUGUUUAUUAACGUUCAUUGCGCGUUUGGAUUUUGUAUAAUUCGUAGAAACAUUUACCAUGGUUCGUUUGGAAUAUUUAGCUAUUGCGUCACCCAACUGUCGCAUUAUUGGUUUGAUGAUCAUGAUGGAUUGAAGGAAAUGGAACACUGAUUGUUAAAGCAUUGUAAAUGUGACACGGUUUAAUUUGCAGGC